AGAGCAAGCAAGUAAAAUUCUGCACACCAAUAUGGUAACUCUACGAUUAAUCAACUGUUGACGAUUAUCAAGAGUAUUAAGUAUAGAAUGUUGAAGUUGUUUGGUGUUUGUAAUUAAGGUGGACAAAAUGUUAAAAUUGAGUGAUGAAUUGUAGGGGAUCAUUGGUCGUCGUUUAGGCACGAGAUAGAGAAUCAUGUGCGAUGUAUGCGUUGACUUUCACGACCUUCUGCUCUCGUACGAGGAAAGAUCCUCGAAAGAGCAAGACGAAGUUGCUUCUCUUAAUGCCAUAGAUGUAGAUACAGUUCUUCAUUAUGUUAAUCAAUGGGUUCAGAGACAAUGUAUGUGUUGCUACAGAGAAUCCAAAAAUUUCGAUAGAUUUAUACGUUUGACACAAAGCGUUGUGUUUAGUACACUUCAACAACUUCAAGAAAUACAACAAGAAGAUAAUGAAGCUAAUAAUAAAGCAACUGAAUUUGAAAAUGCAGAGAAAACUCAAGCAACAAGUGAAGAGCAAGUGCUUGAUAAGCAAAAGCAAAAGGAAGAAAGUGGGAAAACACAGGAAGAUAAUGGAUCAUCAACAUCAGAGACAAGUAGCAAAUCAAGUAAAUGUCGAUGGUCACAAAAAGAGCGUGAAAAACUCUUUCAUCUUCUGUCAAAAAUAUUUCUCCUUAGCUUCCCUCUUUACAUUGCUAUGAAACAUAGUGGUACGUUAAAUCCAUUAGCACCAGUAAAAGAUGAAGGUGGUUACUGUGAACCUCAUGAUCCAGAUGUUCCAGCCCCUUUGAUUCGUGCAGUAUCAGUAUUUUGUCAUCAUGGUGGUUUCAACUUAAUGUCUUCCUGCUUCGACAUGGAAGAACCCCUUCCAGUUGGCCUUGCACAAUACAUGGUAGCUGUUAUUUGUAAUUUGAAAUUGUGGUUAAAUUAUAACAGUGUUAUACAACUUUUCGUACCAUUACGUGGUCGUGUAAUGAAGUAUAUGUGUCGUUUGGCUGACAAGGAACUCCGAACUCAAGCAGUCAGAACAAUGGCUGAGUUUAUGUGGAAUGCAGUAAAGGAUCCAAUUGAUGCUGUAAUGCCAACAUUUGAUCGUGAUGGUUUAGAUCUUGCUUUCAAGUAUUUUACGAGUACUACUCUUACCAUGAGAUUAGCUGGUAUUGCCCAAAUUAAUGUCCACAUUACUGCGUUUAAUGAAUUAUGUAAUAGUGAAACUGUUGCUGAAGUAGAACAAGUUGGACAUGCUUUAGCUGCUUGGUUGACUGAAAAUAACAUUAUUUCUCAUAUAUUUGGUCCAAAUUUACACGUCGAAGUAAUAAAACAAAGCCACAUUGUCUUAAGCUUUUUAGCCAUGGAAGGAAGAAUAUCAUCAGCUGAUAUGGAUACUAUUUGGCAAGCUGCACAGCUAAAACAUUGUGCACGUCCAGUUUAUGAUCUUUUAGCACCCUUAGUUAAACAUUUAGCACCUACACCUGUUCUUCAUCUAUAUUCUCUUCUGGGAAAACUCGAACCAAAGGACCAUACCGAGCAAAGUUUGUUUUUAGCUUCAGCAUUAAUUAAAUUUAUUUGGACUUCGGGGGCACCCAGAUAUUCAGUUGGUUUGUCAAUUAAAAAUCGUGAUAUUUCUCGUGGUCCCGAAGACAUUGAAAGUAGUAGCAGUGAUCCAAGUGGUAUGGACGGUAGUAGUCCAGAAGAAGAUGAAGAAGAACCAAGUCCAGCUCCUUCAGAAGGUCCUUCUCCACGAAAACAAGCUCGUGGAGAUAGUAGUGAUUGUGAGGGUAAUUGUAAAACGAAAAGUAUAGACAGAAUGCCUGUAGAAUCGAAUUUAGAAAUCAAUGAAUUUACUGCAGAGAAAAUAGAUAGAGAUGAACCUUUGAUAACCACAAGUCCAAUUGAUGAUGAAGGAAAUGGUCAAGUAAGGCUUUAUGAUUCAAAAAUUAAACAUCAAAGUGGUUCAGAUGCUGAAGCUGAUACGGAAAAAUCUGCAGCUGAAGAAUCAGUUGUACAUGAAAAACGAAAACGAAAGGUUUUGAGAAAACGUAAAACUCCUCAAAAACGAUUAGCAGCGAAUGUGGAAGAAAAUAUACAAGGUAAUGUUAUUAUUUCAGAAGAGAGAAAAGAUUUACCAAAUGAAGGACAAAAUUCAGUUGAUAUUGAAGAGAAAUCAAGAUUAGAAACAACAUUGUUAGAUCGUUCAUUGAAGCAGCCAAAAAUACAAGAUACCUUGGAUUCAGUAAAACAACAACAAAGAUCUUUAUUAGAACCAAAUGAUCAACAAGUUCCUACAACAGCUUUGUUGAGAAGUACUAGUAAAGAUAGUGAGAAAUAUGUAUCUCUCGUAGAGCAUGGAUCUUUAGCCAGGGAUCUCGAUUCCGUGGAUGAUUCUCAUGAUGAAGAGGACAGUGAUAAUGUGACAACUGGUGUGGUUGUUGGUGCUGCUGAUACUACAGGUGCCGUUAUUUCGGAACUUGCUGGUCUUGUUCACGCAACUGGUCAGUCUUUUCUCCCUUCAGGUCUUGAUGAAAUGCUAUCUGAUGAAGAAGGUUCUUAUCCUAGCAGUCGAAUCUCUAACAAAAGUGAAAAAAAUAUGGCGGAUUUCGACGGAGAAGAAAGUGGUUGUGAAGAGGAAUUAGCUCAACUUGCUGCCAGACAUUUAAGUACAAUGCAGAUGCAAUCGUACCAUCCUCAUUCGCAUCAUCACCAUCCACAUCAUCAUCAUCACCAUCACCAUCAUCACAAUCAUCAUCAUCAUCACCAUCAUCAUAACAACGCACAAAAUGCUAUGACUAUGAGAAGAUCAGUCUUCCGACCUCCGCAAGUUAGAAGAAGAGCAAUGAGACAACAAUCAAUGACUUCAAGACUCACAUCUCAAUUUAAUUUAGAAACAGUUUGCAAACCUGGAAAUACUUUACUUUGGGAUUUACUUCAAGAUGACAAGAUUGGCCAGUUGAGUGAAGGUUUAGCUUUGGAAGCGGAAAAAGCUUUGUGUAAUCUUUUGUGCUUUAAUGUCGACCGUUUGAUACCGAUGAAAUUUAUUGAAGGUUGUUUAGAAAAUUUAGCUGGAAAUCGUUCUGUGGUAGUAUCAUUGAGAUUAUUACCAAAACUUCUCAGUAGCUUUCAACAAUUUAGCGCAAUGGACGCACAUACAAUUACCACUUGGGCUGAUCGAGAGCGUGGAAUGAUGAAGCAUUUCUUUAAUAAUUUAAAGACUUAUACCAGUAAUUAUGCUGCAAAUAUCAAUAAUGGAUCUAAUACAAAUUUAUAUUCCCAUCAAACUGAAGUUCAAGUAAGAUUACAAUUCCUUUCAUCAAUAUUCUCUCCGUUAGGAUCACCAGAUUGUUUUCGAUUGAGUCUAGAACAAGUGGAUAUCCUUUGGCAGUGUUUAUCUCAAGAUCCAAUAUGUGCUGAUGAACUUUUUAGCUGGUUAUUGAGUCAAGCUAAAUCAACAGAACAACAUGCACUUGGAAUGGAUACUUUAAAGCAUUUAUGUAUGAAAAAAUUACCUAGUUUACCACCAGAAACAAUCAGUAUGACAGGAUUAAGCUUAUUUCAACAACUGUGUAAUCUUGCUCGACUUGCAGCAGCUCAUUUAGAUCGACCACUAAGAGAUGUUGAUUCUGUUGGUAUGGAUUUCCUUUGGAGAAUUGCAUUACGUGCUAAAUCAACUGAUGUUAGUAUGGCUGCUAUACAAUAUUUGAAUGGAUAUUAUAUGUCUCGUCAAUUGACUCAAGAAGCAGAAUUCGUAUCUCAAUGUAUGACACAUUUAGCUGCAGCAAGUUCCGAUCUUGAAAAUAAUGAAGAAGCAAGUUUACGAUGUAUUCAAAGAGCUCUUUUACUUUUGAGGACACAUUUGGAAGCUUUUAGAAAACGUUAUGCGUAUCAUUUACGUCGAUGGGCAUUAGAAGAUCGUGGAGCUGGCUCACAUGUUGCUAUGAGUACAUCUGAAAAAGGACAACAACUCAAAAUUUUUGUUCAACCCGCAGGAAUUCCUGAAAAAACUCAAUUUACAUUAUCAAGUACUGAUUAUGUGGCAGAUUUAAGAGCAGAAGUGGCUAAAUGGUGGGAUGAUACUCAAAAAAUUACAACAACAACUGAAUCUACAGCAGGUUCUUCUGGUGGAGGAAAUGUUAAUUCAUCAGUUCUUGGAACACUGCUUACAGAUGGACCUAUUAGAAUGAUCACCCAAGGUCAAGAAUUGACAUUUGAUUAUGAUGAAAAAACUCUUCAAGAAAUGGGUUUUAAGGAUGGACAAUUAGUAUUUAUUUCAUUAGGAGCUGCUGGAAAUAGAGGAGGUAAUAGUGGUCGUGGAAAAAGAGAUACUGAUUCGUCCGCUUCGUUAUUACCUCCACCACCAAGAGAUUCAUUACCGACCUUACUUCUUCUUAGACCUCAGUAUUUUGAGCAACUUUUCAAUCUUAUGAGAACUUUGAGUGCAAUGAAAGCAACAGUCAAAGCAGGUGGACAAAAAAUACCACAUACUAAAGCACAAGUUUUAUCACGAAGAGUUUGGGAUACAUUGAUGUUAUUACCCACGAGUCCUACAUUACUCCAAGGCUUUCAAAAACUUGAAGAAGCGUCUCUUCCUGAAUUAUUAGAUCCCAUAAGUCCUCAAAAACUCAUGUAUUCUUUAUAUAUUGUUGAAUCGUUGAGUAGGAGAAAUCCAUCCACUCCACCAGUUUCUUCCUCGAAUAAACUCACCAUCACUCCUCUUCAUGAUGGUGAUGGAUCUGAAGAUAUUCAAAGUGACAACAAAGAUCAAUCAGGACAAGAAGAAAAUAUUCCUUGGUCAGUACAUUUUGUUCAAAAUGGUGGUCUACGUCAUCUCUUUGACAUUUUUAUGUCUGGUUGUUUAGAACGACAUGAUGGAAGUGAAUGGCAACAAGAUUGUCUUGCAAGUUUACUUAAACAACUCUGUCACUUGGGAGUAAUCCGAGAAGACAAAAAGAAGCCAAAGGUAGAGAAACUUAUUGUUCCAAGAUUAAGUGAUGUAAUGUUAUCAAUGAUGAAUGUUGACGCAGUAAUGAAAAGAAUUACGAGUAUUUUAAAUACAGCUUCUAUGCCUCGAGAUCCUAAUCACUACAAAACUGGACUUUUUGGAAGAUCGCAAGUUAUUCAUUAUACCAUGGCGCUGCUCGUUUGUUGGGUACACAGUGAUAUAAGAGUAAGGCAAAUUAUUUUUUCUUCUUCUGAAUCAUUUGGAAAAACAUGGUUAAGAAGAUUAGUCUUAGAAGAUCCUGAACCAGCUGUUAGACGAGAAGUUUGUACGGCUUUGUAUAGAUUAUGUUUGGGUACAACAUUAAGUCAAGAUGAUGAUGAGGCAAAAGCUACUGAAAAAAGUGAUACAAUUAGAUUAAUUGUUUCAAUGCUAAAUAUUUUAUUACAACAUUUAGUAAUUGCGGAAGCAAUGCAGCCAUCUCAUCGACGUCGUCCUGAUAUUCCUCUUCAUCUUCAUUCAGCAAUUCAUGAAGAUGGAAAAGAACCUUAUGGACCAGCUUGUCGAGAUUAUUUUUGGUUGGUAUGUCGAUUAGUUGAUGCUUUACCAGCAGAAGCCAUUAGAGAAUCUGGUAGUGAUGAUGUUGACGGAUCAGAAGGAACUAUUGACUUAGAAAGUUUAGCAAGUAGAGUAAUUGAUUCACUUCUUAAUAGAGAAACUUUGGAAACUCGUCACAAUACUGUUGAAGAUGAUGCUUUAGUUGGACUUCUGAAUCUCACUUGCAAUAUAAUGUCACACAAUCCACCAUGCAAACAGUCUAAAGUGGGAGAAAAUUUACUUAACCGAGUAUUUGAUUUUCUUUUUGCUCUACCAAACUCUCGGAUGAAACAUGUACCAAAGUGUAAGAGUCAAGUAUCUAGAUCAGCAGCUUUUGAUCUUUUAGUUGAGUUAGUGAAAUCUGCUCCAGACAAUUAUAGGAUCCUUCAUGAAAAGCUUUUAUUACAACACAAACCAGGACCACAUUCUCCAUACCCUUGGGAUUAUUGGCCUCAUGAGGAUGGACGUGCUGAUUGUGGAUACGUUGGCUUAACUAAUUUAGGAGCUACUUGCUAUAUGGCUAGCUGCAUGCAACAUCUCUAUAUGAUGCCACAAGCAAGAAUGGCAAUCUUGAAUGCAGACUGUAAUCGUGCAAAUAAGCACCAAUUAACAUUAAGAGAACUUCAGAGAAUGUUUGCGUAUUUAUUAGAAUCUGAAAGAAAAGCAUAUAAUCCACGAAGUUUCUGUAGAGUGUAUACAAUGAACCAUGAGCCUUUGAAUACAGGUGAACAAAAAGACAUGGCUGAAUUUUUUAUAGAUCUUGUAUCAAAACUUGAAGAAAUGACAUCUGACUUGAAAACUCUCGUUAAAAAUCUUUUUUGUGGUGUUAUAUCUAACAAUGUGGUGUCUUUAGAUUGCGAACACGUUUCUAGAACUUUAGAAGAAUUUUAUACAGUUCGCUGUCAAGUGGCAGACAUGAGAAAUCUUUAUGAAAGCCUUGAUGAAGUGACAGUGAAAGAUACUUUAGAAGGGGAUAAUAUGUAUACAUGUUCACAAUGUGGAAAGAAAGCAAGAGCUGAAAAGAGAGCAUGCUUCAAAAAAUUGCCACGGAUUAUGUGUUUCAAUACGAUGCGGUACACAUUUAAUAUGGGAACAAUGCUAAAAGAAAAGGUCAAUACUCAUUUCAGUUUUCCAUUGAGGUUAGAUAUGUCUGGAUAUAUUGAGAAAAAACUUAUACCACAGCAUUAUCGUGAAAAUGAAAAAACUGUUGGUGAAAGUGAAAAUACAGAGUGUGAAAAUGAGUGUGAUAAAGAGACUUUUAAUAAAGAUGAUUGUGAUGAAGAUGAUCAGAGAACUGAAAAUUAUCAAUAUGAUUUAAUCGGUGUUACAGUUCAUACAGGAACUGCUGAUGGUGGACAUUAUUACAGUUUUAUUAGAGAUCGUACUUCAGCAAAUAAGGAUAAAUGGUUUUUAUUUAAUGAUGCUGAAGUAAAACCUUUUGAUCCUAGUCAAAUAGCAGCUGAAUGUUUUGGUGGUGAAAUGACAAGUAAAACCUACGAUUCAGUUACUGAUAAAUUUAUGGACUUUAGUUUUGAAAAAACUAAUUCUGCUUAUAUGUUAUUUUAUGAAUUAUGUGCAGAUACAGCUACUGAACAUAAAGAAGAAGAAGCUACAGUAUCAAGUCCCAGUGCUGUUACUGUUCAUGAAGAUACUAAUCGGUUUAAUGAAAAUAAACUUCAAUUGGAACUUAAUAAAGAAUUAGAAGACUGGAUUUGGCAAGACAAUAUGCAUUUUCUUCAAGAUAAAAAUAUAUUCGAACAUACAUAUUUUAGUUUUAUGUGGCAAAUUUGUGGAUAUAUACCGCAAACUUUAUUAUCAGUACAACCGGAUGUAACUGAAAUGUCAGCUGAAUUAUCAACAUCCUUCUUCAUGGAAACUUUUAUUCAUGCUAAAGAAAAACCAACAAUGGUUCAAUGGGUAGAAUUAUUAACGAAACAAUUUAAUGCUUCUACUGGUGCUUGUGCACGAUUUUUAGAACGUAUGGCUUCUGAUUCUUGGUGGCCUAUUCAAAUUCUAGUCAAGUGUCCGAAUCAGAUGGUACGACAAAUGUUUCAAAGGCUAUGCAUUCAUGUUAUUCAACGAUUAAGACCUUCCCAAGCUCCUCUUUAUUUACUUUGUGAAAAUGAAGAUGAUGGCUCAGAUAGUCAAUAUGUUGGCGUUGGUAUUCACUCGUGUGUUACGAAAUUUGUUAGAAUGUUAUUAUCAUUAAUGGAUCAUGCUAAACAACAUUUAAAACAUCUUACAGAAUAUUUUAGUUUCCUUUAUGAAUUUUGUAAGAUGGGAGAAGAAGAAACAUUAUUUUUAAUAAGAGUUCAAGCAAUAUCAACGAUGAUUAAUUUUUAUCUAGGUCAUAAAACUCAUGAGAUGGUUGAUACAGUAAGUGAAGAAGAAGAGGAAGAGGAAGAAGAGAUAGUAGUUGCUGUACCAGCUGAAAAACUUCGUCCAGCAUCUUUAGAUAAAAUGAUAACUUUAAUUGCCACACUAGUAGAAAAAAGUCGAGGACCUGAUCAUCGACUCACUUUAUCUCCAGCAGAUUUAAGUGCAGUAGCAGGUGGAAAAGGCUUUCCGUUUUUGUACCAGCAAACUCGUGACGUUAUAAAUCUUAAUCAAACCCGAAAUUUAAUUCAAUCACUAUGCCGUUGGAAUGAUCGAUUAGCUAUACACAUUGUUACUAUGAUUUUUCAAGCAAUUACAAAACAUACUGAUAUGUGUCAGCCGUUUUUCAAACUCUUGACAUUAUUAACUGAAGGUUCAGGACCUACUGGAUUACCAUCAAUGACUCAAUUAAUUUUAAAUCGAGUAUGGGAUGCUGCAAGAGUCGCACCUCAUGCUGCUCUUGAUUGGUUAGCAUUAGCAGUUACAAGAAGUAAAUUGGCUCACACUUGGGUACUCCAAGAAUUGGAUAUAUGGCUUCAACAUUUUCUUAUUGGACAUUCUAAUCAACGAGUACGUUCUGCAGCUGCAUUUGUUCUUGUAUCUCUAGUGCCUUCAACGCAUUUUCGUCAGGGCUAUAGAAGUGCCCAUCGGCUUGGAUUGAGUUGUAAUUCAACUCGUGAUUUUCAACUGUCUCCAGAAGCUACAAUAAUUCUUCAUCAAAUUUAUACAGCACUAUUACGACUACUACAACCAGCAAGACAUCAUAUAGAUAUUCAGACACAUGGAACAAUGAAACUCACAGCAUAUUUUGCUUUGAUGAGUUAUUGUGUUGUUUCUAAAACAGAAAAACUCAUGUUCGGACAGUAUUUAAAUGAUCUUUGGACAUUAUUCCAUCCGAAACUUUCGGAGCCCAGUAUUCCCGUUCAUCACAAUAAACAAGCAGUUUUAUUAUUUUGGCAUCAUGUCUGUAUAGAUUGCCCAGAAAAUGUUACAUUGAUUCUUCAUAAUCCUCAUAUCACUAAAAAUAUCGCUUUUAAUUAUAUUUUAGCGGACCACGAAGAUCAAGAUGUUGUUCUGUUUAAUCGAGUAAUGCUUCCGGCAUAUUAUGGACUUUUAAGACUGUGCUGUCAACAAUCUCGUGCAUUUACAAGACAGCUUGCAGCACACCAAAAUAUCCAAUGGGCUUUUAAAAAUAUAACUCCACAUCCUACGCAGUAUUCAACAGCUGUCGAUGAGCUGUUUAAAUUAAUGCACUUAUUAGUUGCUAGGCAUCCAGAUCAAACUGAGCAAGAAGAAGCAGAGAUAGCUUCAUUCAGACGUAGUACUCUAUCGUCAUAUCUUCAAGGACUUGAUGGAAGAUCUUGUUGGGCUACACUCAUAUCAGCAUUCAGAAUUCUCAUUGAAUCUGAUGAUGACAGACUGUAUGUAGUUUACAACGGUGGAUUGGCUACAGCAUUGGAAGCUUUUCACAUGCUUCAUAUCAUGUAUCAUGAAGCAACAGCAUGUCAUGUUGCCAAUGAUUUAGCUGAAUUAAUUGCUAUUAUUGUUGAUCUUGUAAGAUGUAUGAGAACUGCACGAGAAGGUCCAGAUGCUAGAAGUAUUCUUGCUACCUGUAAAGAAUGGCCAGAGAUACUUCGAAAACUUGCAACUUUACUCAACACUUACAAUCCACCCGAAAUUCGUAAUUUGGCGAUUGAUUUAUUAAAAGAAUUAGUUAUGCUGGUACCUGCUGAAGCUAUAUUGAUAUUAGUACCAUUACUAUCACAUUGCCAUGCUGCUCUUCAAGAAGCCCUUGCUGCUGUACCACCUGGUCCUUUUCUACCAAGACGAUCUACAUCUUCUGGAAAAAUAUCAGCACGUCCUGCAAGGCCAAUGAUUCAGAUGGCAGUUCCACAUUCUCAAUUAGAAGCUACGAAAGGUGUCGAUCCAGAAUAUGACACUGCAUUGUUGGAGUUUUAUUUGCCUUAUCAUGAACUUAUCGAUGUUAUGUGUCGUCUUGCCAUCAAUCAUGAUUGUAUGACUGAUACUUUGGUCAAUUUGAGUGCUAUGUUAGGCUUCGAAGGUGUUCCACUGCAUCUAGCUUUAUUUCCUCGCUUAUGGCUUGAUGUACAUGCAGCUUCUCAUAUUGAUAGAAAACACAUUGUCGCCCUUUUAUGCUCAUCUUACACAGUGGAUUAUGUCGAUGCUGUGCUAUUAGAUGAAAGAUCUUCACUCGGAGUACCAGCAAUUCAUGCUUUUCUCAAGACCUUUUUCCCUAAAUUAGCUACUCAUGUACUGACACAACAAACGUGUUCAUUAAUUGAUAAUUUAGUCAGUACUUUGAGUGCAAUGGUUGAUGCUGUCGAUAUUAAAUCAUCAGCCCACAGAUUAACUGGUGAUUUACGAGCUCUUGCACUUGUAUACAGCAGUGGUAGUCAAUUGGAGCCACCAAAGUCACUUCAUCAAACUUUAGAAACACUUUUAACUCGAACGAGGGCCAUUAGAUUGAAAGAAACGAGUCAACAGCAGCAAGAAGUUGAAGCACCAGCAAAGAAACGAAAAUUCACAUCGAAUAGUGAUUGUGAAGAUGAAAGUUCGAGAAGAAUAGCUAAUUCACCAAAUAAAAAUGAAGAAACUCUUACUAAUCAUACGGAACAUGUUGAAACAAAUGCUGUUAUGGAUGUAGAAGAUAAAACGAAAACAGAAAAGCAGGAAGAAAAAUCAAUGAGUUCAGAAGAAGAACGGACAACUAGUGAGGACAACAAAAUUCAAAAUUCAAAAGGAUCAGGUAGUGUUGAUGGAAUGUCCUUAUCACCAACUCUCAUGUCUCCUUCAACAGCUGGUAGCUGUAAUAAUCAAUUGCUAUGUUCUCUCACAAAUAUUUCUUGGUUGGAAAUGUUGGAAAAAACUAUAGUGAACCUUCAAGUGAUUGUGUCAAUGCAAACGAAAAACAAUUAAAUGAAUAACAACAAUAAGAAUAAAUUCACAAAUCGUAAAGUUAAAGAAAAAAAGGCUGUAAGCGUAAAUUUUCUUGCUCGGGUCGGAGAAGAGUGAGAAAGUGACCGAGUGAAAAAUUAACAAAAUAAAAACAUGAAAAAAAAAUUCACACAUUUUCGUGUGUUUUUUUUUUUAAAUUAUAAUUAUAACACUGGGACUGAGUAUGUGUAUAGGUUUUUGCGAAUUAUUUGCCAGAAUAAUUAAAUAAAAAUAAAAUAAAUGAAUUUCAUCAUGGGUACAUAAUUUUUGUCCCAAAUAAAACAUGAUUCGUAUGUUUGAAUUAAUUUUUUAUUAUUGGAAUAAUAAUGAUAACAAUAAUAAUAAAAUAUGACUUAAUACCUGCUGAUCACUCUUCAUUUCUUUUUUCGAAUGUUUUAGUUUUAAUUGUAUUUAUAUGCUAAAGUGGCUUACAAUAAGUUGUUUUAAUAAAAAUCAC